ACAGAUAACUGAGGGAAUGGCUUCCUGCUAACACUAAAUAUGGCUACCAGUAACAGUGAUUCUACUAACUCUGUGAGGAAACAAGAACCAGUUGCUACCCACCCCCCAGAACAGAUCACCCAGCCAGCUGAACCUGACUACGACCUUGUUGAACAACCUGACCAAGACUACUUCUGUCCUGUGAGCUUAGAGCUACUUGUUGAGCCACUCCAAACAACAUGCUGCGGCCACCAUAUCUCCCAGCAAGCUGCCAACAGACUCACCAGAGAACUAAAACCAUGCCCAAUGUGCAAACAAGACAACAUGGCUACUCAAGAAGACAAGUACUUCAGGAGAAAAGUUCGCCAGUUGAAUGUUCGCUGUCCCCACAAAAAGAGUGGGUGUGAGUGGACGGGGGAACUGGGGAACCUGAACCACCACACCAUCUCCUGUCCAAAACGUCCCUGGAAGUGCCAAUAUUGCGAUUUUGAGUCCACCCACGAUAUCGGAACAAAUGACCACACCCCUUGCUGUGACAAUUACCCCCUGCCUUGUCCCAACCAAUGUGAGAUUGGUACCGUCCCUCGCUGCCAAGCUGAUAGCCACCUGCUGGAGUGCCCCCUACAACUUGUGGAGUGUGAGUUUGCUGGAGCUGGAUGUGACAUGAAGGUUUCUCGAAGAGAUCUGGCUGAUCACAUGACAGAGAGUGUCCAACACCACCUUCUGACAACCACCCUCCUCAACCUGCAACUAACGAGAGAGCUACACCAGAAAAUGGAGGAGAAAGAUCAGCAAAUAGUCGACUUGCAGAAACAAGUGAAGGAACAAGGUAAUAACAUUGAUACCAAGAUUCAACAAUUAGACGCAAAAGUUGCUGCUAAAUUGGAAAAUCUUGAUACUAAAGUCGAUACCAAGUUCCAAGAUCUCGAUGUGAAGGUUGAGCAACAAGCUAGAAACCUUGACACAAAGGUCAGUGACCUAAAGGUCAGGAUGGAAGCCAACACGAUGAAGUUAUUGCUAAAUGGGUUUUCCUACCACGAGUUUACUCUCACUAAGUUUACACAACAACAAGCGCAAGGCGGAUAUGGACCCUGGUUUAGUGGAGAGUUUACUGUAGAAGAGUGGAGCUUCUCAUUCUGUGUGUUUACAAGAGGUAUCGGAUCUUGUAUUGGAACACAUUUGUCACUCUUCGUCAAUAAAGAGCAUGAUGCUGUUAAAACAGAAGGUGUAGCUAUCCUACACAUGCUCAACCAGCUGGGUGACCAUGGACACUACAUGGGAACGGAAACAAGAAUUUUGAAGGUUAGUCGAACAUAUUUUGGCGACUCAAAGAAAUUCUUCCCCCUUGAUCACCUAAGUUACUGUGCUGACACAAACACUCAGUACCUCAAAGACGACUGUCUCAAGUUCAGACUGUUUAUGAAAGUGAAGACUCUCUAAAAUUAAGAGUAGAUCUACACACUCUUAGUUAGUAUAAGUACACUGUGACUGUAUCUUGUAGCGAUUAAUUAAUUUUAUCAUCAGAUGAGUGUAUAUACUAUA